AUGGCGUCCGCUUGCGUGGCGAGUGGUAGCCAAAGCAGCCGGCAGACGUCUCUUGGUCCCGAUGCGAUUACAGCGAAUGACCUAACGAAGCUUAUGGCAAAGAAGAGUUCGUUUGAGAAAGCGGUGAAGGACCUGACAGCUCUAGUUGCCUCGCAGUACCCCUCCUCCUCUCUGGGCGAGCAGCAGAAGAUGAUAUCAGCCGUCCAUCGUGCAGCUACCCUGCUGAAGACCCGUUACACAACACGUGGUUUCUGGGUGGCGGGUCUUGUCCUUUUCCGCGCGGCCUGCGCCGUGCUGGAGGAGGGAGCGGAGCGCAACCGCGUCCAGCAGCACAUCAAGUCGGCGCAGGAGUUCCUGGGGGAAGGCGGGGAAGCCGUUGCAGCACUCUUGGCGAGCGGAACGGCUUUGGAGGAUCUGCUGCGGGAUGCGAUAGCAAGAGGUGGAGCUGAUGACCUGUUGACUCCUGGCCUGGCAGAGGCCCUAGAAGCGAGCAUUCAGGCGUCUCAGCCGCCCUCUGCACCGCCUGCUUCUAAGAGAGCGGUGAAGCAGCUGCCUGUGCUUGUGUACAGUCAGGCUGGGGUUGUGCCUUUAGCGGCAGGUGGGAUGCGAGAAGGGGUGGUGGCGGGUAGUGGCGUUAGUGGUAGUACUGUCAGCAGCAGCAGCAGUGGUGGGAAGACUGAGAAAGGGGGUAGUGUUGGUUUGGGAGGGGAGGGGGUGGAUUGGGAGGGGAAGAGGGAGGAAGGGGAGGGGAGUGUGGACGAGUGCAGUGUGUGCAGGGAGAAGUGGGAGGUUGGUGACAAGCUGAGGGAGAUGCCAUGCAGCCAUCGGUUUCAUGUGGACUGCCUGCAACCAUGGCUGGACGAGCACAACUCGUGUCCUUUGUGUCGGUACGAGAUGCCAACCGACGACCAUGUUUACGAGAGGCGCAAGGAGCGAGAGAAGGAAGAGGAGGAAGAACGGAGAGGUGCUGAGAAUGCAGUUCGUUUUGAGACGCCUGAAUCCAAACUCACCUUCACGUGCUCGCAUUACCAAGCCACACUCUCGACACACUCGCCGAUCCUCGUCAACGCCACAGCAGCAGCCAUGGUGCUCCCGUGCUGCAUCGCGAUGUGGGGAUGCGCGUGCUGCGGGUGGGCCGUUCACCGCCUCCUCCGCAAAGGCGCGGACUCCAGCCGCGACUGGCCCGCCGCGUCCCGGGACGAAAUGGCGGACUUUCCGCGCCUCGCGGCGCUCAUUCUCGCGUCCUACGAACCGGACUUACCUAAGUGCCUGCAGCUGCUCGAAUCUGUUUCCGACGAUAACGGAAACAUCUCCCCGCACACCGACGCCGCCGCUGCAGGGAAACCAUCCAAACAAUGCGACCCCGAUGCCACGCACGCACAAACGGCGAAGGAGAAGGACCUUGAGCCCCAGCCUGGUUCCAGACCUGGUUCCGAGCCUAAUGCAGAGGCUCGGUCGAAAUCGGAGGCUGGGUCGGAAUCCAACGGGAAGGACGGUCCGGCGAAGGGGAAGCGGGAGGUGAUAGAGGCGCGCGUGCUGCGGAAGGUGGAGCAGCGGGACACGGACGGGCAGUGCCCGUCGUACCUGGUGUAUCUGGAUGACGCGAAUCAAGACAUCACAGUGGCGAUGCGCGGCAUGAACCUCAUGCAGCCGUCGGACUAUGAGAUCCUCAGGAACAACCGCAAGGGCAAGCAGAUGUUUGACGGGGGCUACGUGCACUGUGGUUUACUCGCAGCAGCAGGCGCGUUUCUGGACCUCGAAAUGGACCACCUAAAGCGCCUUCUGCGCCGGCAUCCCUCGCACACGCUCACACUCACCGGGCACUCCAUAGGCGCGGGCGUGCUGGCGCUGGCAGCCAUGGUGAUGGCCAACAACCUGCGCGAGCUGGGCCGCGUGCGGAGAGGGAGGAUCCGCUGCGUGGGGUUCUCGCCGCCGCGAUGUGCGUCGCUCAACCUGGCCGUGCGCCAUGCGGAUAUCAUCGCGUCUGUUGUGCUGCAGGAUGACUUUCUUCCCCGUGUGGCAAACCCGCUCGCUCUCGUCUUCGGACUCACCUUCUGUCUGCCUUGUGUAUUGCAGUAUUCAUGCUGCCAUGACACAUGUGUGUCGGAGCAGAGGAGACUGGCGGAUCCCAGAAGGCUCUAUGCCCCCGGCCGCCUCUACCACAUGCUCUACACACGCCCCUGCAGCUGUGAGGACCUUCCUCCGGUGGCGCUGACGGCCAUUCCAGUGGAGGGGCGGUUUGAGCAUGUGGUGCUGUCGCGCACCGCCAUGCGCGACCACACUCUGCCGCUCAUUGCUGCCAAGCUGCACCAGUUCCUGCAGACGAUGGAAGCGCCUGAUGCCGACGGAGAAGGCAAGGCGGAAACAGUUGAGGGGUUGAAGCAAGGCGACAAGCAACAACCAGUCGUGAUGACAGCACCAGCAGAGGAGGACCCUGCUGUGCUCGCAGAAGACUACAAGGAGGAAGAGGAAGGGGAGGAGGAGGAGGAUGAUAGGGAGGAGGAGGAGGGGAUGCAGGUGGAGAAAUUGUAUUCGGAAAUAACUCUUAAAGGAGACGCUCAUAACGUGCAGCCGGAGAGUGGCGAGGCUGGUAAAACUGCCGCUGGCAGCAAUGGCGGUGCUGGUGGCAGUGGUGGGAAGCCGCUGCAGGCGCAUGAAUCGUCAGCGCAAGUGCAGAAGCGGUGGCAGGACCUGAUAGAAGCACUGAUGUCUGAUGAGGGAGAGGGUGCCAGGGCAAGGGGGGCAGCCUUCUAUACCAAUCUCCGACCAGCCCUUCAGCUUCCGAAACUUGAAGCCAUGGCCCCCGAGCCCGUCCGCGUGCUUGUCACCGGUGCCGCCGGCCAAAUCGGAUAUGCCUUGGUGCCUAUGAUCGCUCGCGGCAUUCUCCUCGGCCCUGACCAGCCUGUCAUCCUUCACCUUCUUGAUAUCCCCCUUGCCGAGAGCUCCCUCAAUGGCGUCCGCAUGGAGCUCAUUGACGCCGCUUUCCCCCUCAUUCACGGGGUUGUCGCGACGUCGAAUGUUGAGGAGGCAUGCAAGGGUGUCCAGGUGGCCAUCAUGGUGGGAGGCUUCCCCCGCAAGGCCGGCAUGGAGCGCAAGGACGUCAUGUCCAAGAACGUCUCCAUCUACCGCGAUCAGGCCUCCGCUUUGGAGAAGUUCGCUGACAAGGACUGCAAGGUGGUGGUCGUUGCUAACCCCGCCAACACCAACGCGCUCAUCCUGAAGGAGUUCGCGCCCAAGUUCCCCGCCAAGAACAUCACCUGCCUCACCCGCCUGGACCACAACCGCGCGCUCGGCCAGAUCUCGGAGCGCCUGGGCGUGCCGGUGGCGAACGUGAAGAACACCAUUAUCUGGGGUAACCACUCGUCUACCCAGUACCCCGAUGUGAACCACGCCGUCGUCGUCACUCCCGAGGGCGAGAAGCCCGUGCGCGAGCUUGUCAAGGACGACGCUUGGCUUGAUGGCGAUUUCAUCAAGACCGUUCAGCAACGCGGUGCUGCCAUCAUUGCGGCCCGCAAACUGUCCAGUGCUCUCUCCGCUGCCUCGUCUGCCUGCGACCACAUCCGGAACUGGGUGAAGGGCACACCCGAGGGUACUUGGGUGUCCAUGGGAGUCAUCUCUGACGGCUCGUAUGGAGUUCCUAAGGACAUCAUCUAUUCCUUCCCUGUCACCUGCAAGGAUGGCGAGUGGACCAUUGUGCAAGGGCUAUCAAUUGAUGCCAACUCGAAGGCGAAGAUGGAGGCCACAGCAGCAGAGCUUGUUGAGGAGAAGGAGCUUGCAUACGAGUGCCUCAAGGCCCGCGGCGUCCUCUUUGUGCGCGGUAUUAAGAUUUUAUCCAACUACUUCGUCGCAUUCGCUUCUUUUCCCCGACGAGAACACUUGGUCCCCUUCCAUCCCACACACGCACUCCCCUCCAUCGCUCACGCUUCCUCGCUCAAACGAGCACGCUCCCUCCCCUCCCGUCUCCUCCGUCGUGGAUUACAAAUUCCUUCCCGUCUCCCACGCGCACUCCCCGAGACCGAGCACGCACACUCCCUUCCGUCGCCCACGCGCACUCCGUUGCCGCCGCCCACGCGCACUCCCUUCCGGCGCCCACGCGCACUCCGUUCCCGCCGCCCACGCGCACUCCUUUCCCUCGCCCACGCGCACUCCGUCCCCGCCGCCCACACGCUCUCCCUUCCGUCGCCCACGCGCACUCCGUUCCCACCGCCCGCGCUUUCUCCCUUCCCGUCGCCCACGCUCACUCCCUUUCCAUCGCCUUAA